AUGCAGAAGAGAAGGAAGCCAGAACCGAUCCAGCUGAACCCGAUUCCCGACGGAAACACACUGAACGGAACCGGAGCCUCCGAGACGAACCUGGAGUCUCUGCAGAAGAAGCUAGAGGAGCUUGAGCUGGAUGAGCAGCAGCGAAAGCGCUUGGAGGCCUUCCUUACACAGAAGCAGAAAGUGGGAGAACUGAAGGACGACGACUUUGAGAAAAUCUGUGAGCUUGGUGCAGGCAACGGAGGUGUCGUCUUCAAGGUCUCGCACAGACCUUCUGGUUUGAUCAUGGCAAGGAAGCUGAUCCACCUGGAGAUCAAACCAGCCAUCAGGAACCAGAUCAUCCGGGAGCUGCAGGUUCUGCAUGAGUGCAACUCUCCAUACAUUGUAGGCUUCUAUGGAGCUUUUUACAGCGAUGGAGAAAUCAGCAUCUGCAUGGAACACAUGGACGGUGGCUCCCUGGACCAGUCUUUGAAGAAAGCAGGCAAAAUCCCAGAGCAGAUCCUUGGCAAAGUCAGCAUUGCUGUCAUUAAAGGGCUGUCUUACCUGCGUGAGAAGCACAAGAUCAUGCACAGAGAUGUCAAACCUUCUAACAUCCUGGUGAAUUCCCGAGGUGAGAUCAAGUUGUGUGACUUUGGAGUGAGCGGGCAGCUGAUUGACUCCAUGGCCAACUCCUUUGUGGGAACUCGCUCCUAUAUGUCGCCAGAGCGCUUACAGGGAACUCACUACUCAGUUCAGUCAGACAUAUGGAGCAUGGGCCUGUCUUUAGUAGAAAUGGCCAUUGGACGCUUUCCUAUCCCUCCACCUGAUUCAAGAGAGUUGGAAAAGAUUUUUGGGUUCCCUGUGGAAGGGGAAACGGCCUCCAGUGAAUCUCCAAAACCACGCCCACCUGGACGGCCGGGAAGUUCAUAUGGACCAGACAGUAGACCGCCAAUGGCCAUAUUUGAACUACUUGAUUACAUAGUCAAUGAGCCUCCACCAAAGCUUCCUGCAAUUUUCAGCUCUGAGUUUCAAGAUUUCGUCAACAAGUGCUUGAUAAAGAAUCCUGCAGAAAGGGCCGAUCUGAAGCAGCUAGUGGUACAUCCUUUCAUCAAGCAGUCUGAAGCAGAGGAGGUGGACUUUGCUGGCUGGUUGUGUAGCACCAUAGGACUCAGCCAGCCUCUGACACCCACCCACACCACCACCAUUUAAGAUGUUGACUAAAGAAUUUGUAUUUUUGAAAUCAGCUUACACCAAGAAUGCACUUAAGGAUGUGCAGCCAUUUCUAAACCCGAUGUGUAUAAAGUAAAAUGCCAAGUGAAGCAUUGUGCUAAAAGAUUUUUUCUAGUAAUUAAACUAUGAAAAAAGCUGCUAAAUCUUUGUGCUGGUUACUGUUCUGUGCUCUAUGCUUAACAAUCCCUGAGCUUAUGUCAUAUUUUUAAACCUGGAAAAUAAAUAUUUGAACAACAGCAGACUC